UGUCAAAAUAAAAAAUGGUUAAUAAUAAAUGACCUUAAAGUAUUUAUUUUUACAAAUAAUUUAGGAUUGAAUAUGAAAUUGCAAAUUUUGGGCUCAAUCUAGAUCUAGAAAGUUUCUAGUUUCUAGUAAAUAUGGAUAAAUCCUGUGCUAGUUAAGCACAGGGAGGAAUGCUGAGUACUACAAAGGACUGUCUGGGACUUAGAAUUCGCAUCAAUUCUCUUCACCAAACCUGGAAGUGGUUGCAUCAAACCAUCGCCGUUCACGACUAUCUUAUUGCCUUAACAUCUGCCUCUAAAAACGUUUGCUCGAGCAAUUUUUUAACAAAUUAAAGUCGUUUUUAAGGGCACAACACCUGCAAGAUUAAUAUUACUCGAAAACUGUACGCAAAUAACAAAAAAUGGCUUUGAUACAAAGAUCAUGUGUGAGAGUGAACGCUCUAAUUUCCCGUAUAACAAAAAACUCUUAUUCGACUGCAUCUACUAAGCAGGACAACAUUAAAAAGUCUGUAUUCAUAUCUCAAUCGAAAGAUAUUUAUACAAAUCUUGCAUUGGAAGAUUGGCUGUACAAAAAUUAUGAUUUCACAAACAAUCACGUACUGAUGUUAUGGCAAAAUGAUCCUUGCGUCGUCAUCGGAAGACAUCAAAAUCCUUGGUUAGAAGCAAAUGUCAAUAACUUACCAUUAAUCAGUGAACAAGGGGUUCAACUAGCUAGAAGAAACAGCGGUGGAGGUACGGUUUACCACGACAAUGGAAAUUUGAACCUUACGUUUUUCACGCCCAGAGAACAGUACAAUAGAAAGUACAACUUAGAAAUCAUCUCCAGAAGUCUAUUCAGAGAAUAUAAUUUGAGAGUGGACAUUUCCCCGAGAGAAGAUCUGGUUAUCAGAGAAUAUAAACAGGUUUCGGGAACAGCUGCGAAAUUGGGAAGAACCGCCGCUUAUCAUCAUUGCACGCUUCUUGUUAAUGUCAACAAAGUGGACCUUAGCCUGGCCCUUCAAAAACCAGAGGUCGAUAUAAAAACUACUGCCACGAAAUCAGUAAAAUCUAAAAUAAUGAAUUUAUGCGAAGAAAAUCCUCGCGUUGAAAUGAAAAACUUAAUGAAAGCCGUAGGAUGGGAAUACAUGCGAACUGAUCCUCUAAAACUCAUAGAUGGUGGUAAAGAAUUAGCCAAUAACCAAAAUGGCUUCCAGUUGAUCAAUCCUACAGACGAUUGGUUCCCAGGUUUAAAUGAAAUCAGAAACGAGCUAGUUAGCUGGAACUGGCAGUACGGCAAGACUCCUAAGUUCAACAUAAUAAAAUCUUUUAAAAUUCCUGAAUAUUUACACGAAGGAUACGAUGUCAAUGAAGAUUUGAAAGUGACUAUGGAAGUUGAGAAUGGCAAAAUAAGUGAUGUUGUUCUGUACAUACCACCUGGGCUUUCUACUAGCGGUUUUUCGGGAAAUGCUAACGUUAUCACAAGUCUUAUAGGUCAUUCAUUUUCCGACGAAGCUUUAAGUGGCUUAGAAAUGAUGAUAGGCGGAUUAGUAAGUGAAAAAGAUAGAUUCGUUUCCGAGUGUUUGAAGCAAGUAAUGAUAUCGGUUUGAUUAAAACCAGACAGGACUAAUUGAACAUCUAAAUGAAUAUACAUUAUUCUUCUAUAUUUUCAAUUUCUCCUGUCUCUAGGGGAUAGUGUUACUGUUACUAAAUUUUUAAUAAAACUAAUAUAUUUGCCAGUUUUUCAGUGCUUAAUGUUUAAGCUGUUAUUAGGCUUAAGAAAAUUAAAUGUUUGUAUAACAAUUUUAUUUGUAAUUGGCUUUUUCUUUGGAAACUAAUGUGUGGUGACAUGCAACAAGUAGACUGAGUGUUCAACGUCAAAUUGCAUAAAAUUAGUGUAAAAACGAAAAAGGACCUUUAUUUUGUGAUUGGAUUUUUCUAAUUUAAAUUCGUAUUUUUGAAAUUUUAUGGUUAGAUAUGGGAAACAUGUAAAUUUUUGUACAAAAUUAUAUUUUUGUAAAAUGUUUCGUUGUUAUGUUUGUGAUUUGUGUAACAGAAAUAUUUUUAGUGUUAAGAGAACCGUAAUAACGGUUAACAAGAAUUAAUCAUAUCAUUUAUGUAUUAAUACAUUUUUUUAGUAUAGUUUAGUUUAUUGUGUAGACUUGACAUAUGUUCAAAUUUGCCACUUAUAUAUCAAGUUUUAUUUUUUAGCGCAAGAUUGUCUGCGGUUAAUUAUUUUAUUAAAUUCAAGCUCCUUUUCUUUAAUAUCCUGUAUCCUACCCGAAAGUAGCACUCCAGAUUUACUUUGUUUUUUUCAUGUUGUAUUAUUUUGGAGCUGUUGUGCCUUAUAUUUUAUAUAAUAUGUUAUAGCAAUAAUAAUUAUAUUUUUAAGUUUAAUCAAUAAAAUUUUUAAAUUUAA